GCCGGGACAGGUAGUGGAUCGCCUCCGGCUGGAAUCGCCCCGAGCUAACAAAUUGCAGGCUUUCUCAGAUGAUCGGAGACAUGCGGGAACUUUUUGUUCCCAUGGCAACGAAAAAAGUGGGGUGGAGCCAAACUCGGCCCGUACUCGCUGUGCCGAGAUGAACGGAAAUUUUUGUCAUUUGUGAUCUUGACGGUUCGGUGACAGCACCAAGGACACGAUGGCGAUGCACGUGAUUGCUGCCCUGCUGCUCGGUCUGGGUCUGGCCGCCGCGGAGAAUCCAGUGGCUCUCAGCGGCAGUUACACGGCACCCGAGCCGGCUGCGCCGGAGUACCAGCCGCCGGCGGUCGAGUACCCCGCACAGCAGUACGAGGUACCCGCUCAGCAGUACGACGCACCCGCCCAGCAGUACAGCACUCCCGCCCAGCAGUACAGCGCUCCCCAGCCGGUGGUGCAGUACAUCCAGUCGCACAUGGGCUACGACUCCUACGAGGGCGACUCAAAGGGACUCUUCAAGAAAGGCGGCAGCUCGUUCCUCAACAAGUUCGGUCUGGACUUUGUCUUCACGGGCUUCAUGAUUGCCGGCAUCGUGGUGGUGCUGGCCAUCAUCGGCGUGGUGACGGUGCCCGGCCUGCCGUUCACCGCCAGCGUCCUGCCGACCGUCACGGACCUGUUCAAGGCGCGCAGUCUCGACUCUGCCCGCAGUCUGGCCUCCUCGGUCCUCGACAGCGGCCUGUUCGGUGACCUGUCGGCUGCCGAUGUGGCCGGCGCUGUCACCUACGUCGACGAGGCCAUUGAGCGCGCGCGCAGGUUCAUCGCCGAUUACCCGCAGUGACGACCCAUGUGGAGAGCGUCGGUCCUAAAACGGGUAGGUCUGGUGGUAUUCUGAAACCGACGCGAGGCAGAGGGUUCGACGAUCCGAAGACGCAAGGGAAAGGCUGUCAGGCUGUGUGGGAUAUGUGUGUGAAAAUGCUACGACGAGAAAUUGUGCGCCGAACUGGGCGUGAAAUUGGCGACGCCUUCAUUUGAGCCUGCGAAGUGUAAUAUGUGUCGGUCGAUGGUCACAAGGUAAAAGCGAUUGUGCACAUUUACGAGUAAUCAAUCCCAUUGAUACUGUAUGUACUAUGUACAAUAGCGAGCUUUCUCUGUGAUCAAGUAAUACAAAAAGCACAAAUUAUUUACCUGUU